CCCCAGACUAGCUAUUUCUGUGGUCUAUAUCUAUAUAUAUAUAUAUAUAUAUAUGUUUAUGCCACUUAAUCUUCGUCUCAAGUCUUGUGAACGAACUGUUUCUCGCUUGCAACUGAUAGCAAACAAUUUGAUAUUGCAGCCUCCAAGAGAUUUUGAAGAAGAAGAAGACAGACUAUGGCGUCGGCGAGAAGAGCUUGGACGGUGGCGGCCGCCGUGGGAGUGGUGGAGGCGCUGAAGGAUCAGGGGUUCUGUAGGUGGAACUACACCAUAAGAUCCGUACACCAGCACGCCAGGACCAAUCUCAGGUCCUUCUCUCAGGUCAAGAAGCUGUCUUCUCCGACGACGGCCGUGGUGUCGUCGUCCAGCAAGUUAGCGAUGGAGGAGAAGGCCAAGCAGUCGGAGGAGUCGCUGAGAAAAGUCAUGUACUUGAGCUGUUGGGGUCCCAACUGAACCCUAAGCCCUAAUUGUUCGAUCCAAUUACACAUCUCUAUGCUCUGUGGAUUCACCAAUUUGUGAUCCGAGCAUAUAGAAAGAGCAAAUGGAUGUAUAUUGUACAGUGCAAAAGCCUAUUUCUCUCUAUUAAUUAAAAAUCAAUUUCUGCGGAA